AUGAAACUGACCCGCUCUCUCUCCGGGGGCCUCUUCCUCUGCCUGCUGCAACUCUGGGCGGCGGAGGUUCUGGCCAAUCAAGGCUGUGAAAAUGGGCACGUGACCUCAACUGGCGACUGCUGUGAUCUCUGCCCACCAGGCUACGGAGUUACAGUUCCCUGUGGCAACACCAAUACCAAAUGCGAACCAUGCAUCGAGAACAUGACGUUCUCCUCCGUCGCCAGCGCCACGAAACCGUGCCAGCCGUGUUCGAUGUGCCCGGGCCAUGUGCCCAGACUGGAGGUGUGCACUCCUACCCACGACACCGUGUGCGCCGUCAGCUGCCCACAGGGACAGUACCUGCAUGCGAGAAACGGGAGCCACGGUGCCGGGCAUUGCCGUCCUUGCCAGGUUUGCCCCGAAGGCUACGGAGCCGUCCAGCCGUGUGGACCCAACGCCAACACCAUGUGCCAGAAAUGCCCCAAGGGCUACUACUCAGAGGAGAAGAGCUCUUUGGAACCGUGUCUCCGCUGCCGCCUGGAGUGCCACGAGAGCGAGGUCAUGAUCCAGGAGUGCACCCCGCAUUCGGACACUCUCUGCAUGGACAAAGAGCUACAGAUCCUGAAGCGCACGGAAGGAGACUCCCGCAAGGAAUUCCCCAAAAGGACGUCCCUUCUGGAUUCGGAGGGCAGCCCGUCCCCCAAUUCCUCCUCCUCGGAGUUCGUGCCCCCCUUGGCCGAAGACCACAGCAAGAACAUCAUUCCUGUCUACUGCUCCAUCCUAGCAGCGGUGGUGGUGGGACUCCUCGCUUACGUGGCUUUCAAGUGGCCUCACACCUCAGGAUUAAUGUGGACAGAGAACGAGUAUAAAGAAAAGAGUCUGCAGAAGGCUGAGCCCCAGCUCUACGCCAACCUCCCGCCCCACAAGCGGGAAGAGGUGGAGCAGUUGCUGGAGACGCCGGGCCACGGCAAAGACUGGCGCUGCCUGGCCGACCGCCUGGGCUACGAGGAGGAGACCGUGGCUACCUUCGGCCGGGGGGAAGCCCCCGCCCACACCCUGCUCUCCGACUGGUCUGCCAGGGAGGGGGCCACCCUGGAGACCCUCUGCACGGCCCUGGCGGCCAUCGAGCGGGAGGACGUGGUGGAGAACUUGAACGCCCCCGCUGAAGUCAGCUCUGUGGUCUGACGGACCGGCCUGCUUUCC